CUUUGCGUGUUACCUAAAAAGUUCAUCACCUUCAUCGUCGCCGGUUUUCCUCUUCUCAAAAGCGGUGGAUCUGAUUUCCCCACUGGCGAUCGUACUCUCUCGAUUCGUAUUUACGCGCCGUCUUUCAAGCGAUUUCGAGCUCAUAAGUGUUAAACUCGAUUCUGCGAAUUGAGCAAGGAACUUUUCUGCGAUUCUUCUACAGGAACAAGAAAUGACUGCUGUGAAACUGGAAGCAAUUGUUUGCCACGAGCCUGAUGAAUCAGAGCUGAGUCACUUCAGUGAUAAUGCUAGUAAAACUAAAAACGUUGUCUUUCAACUUCUCGAUCAAAAGAGUUCCGAACGUAGAUGGUUAAGUGAAAGGAAUAUUGCAUUGAACUUUCUUGAUUCUUCCUCAAGGUUUCUCAGAUGGAGACGGAGAUAUCUUCCGGUUGAUGGAGAUAACAGACGUGACCACGGGUCUGUGAAACAGUCAGGACCCCUUGUGUCUGGAGCAGCUUACUGUGUCUCUUCCUGCAGCAUGAUUAUAUUGAACAAAAUUGUUCUCUCCAGCUAUAAUUUCAACGCAGGAAUCUCUUUGAUGUUAUAUCAAAACUUAAUCAGCUGUUUGGUGGUAGCUGUACUAGAUAUCUCUGGAGUAGUUUCAGUGGAAAAAUUUAACUGGAAGUUGAUCAGAGUAUGGAUGCCUGUCAAUGUUAUCUUUGUGGGCAUGCUGGUCUCAGGAAUGUACAGUUUGAAAUACAUAAACGUCGCUAUGGUAACUAUACUGAAGAAUGCGACGAAUAUUAUUACGGCAAUAGGUGAGGUAUACAUGUUCCGCAAAAGGCAGAACAAUAAAGUUUGGGCUGCAAUGUUCAUGAUGAUCAUUUCAGCAAUCAGCGGAGGUAUCACGGAUCUCACAUUCGAUGCAGUAGGGUACACGUGGCAGCUUGCCAACUGCUUUCUGACCGCAAGUUAUUCACUUACUCUUCGUCGAGUCAUGGACAAAGCAAAGCAGUCUACAAAGUCUGGCUCUCUCAAUGAAGUGUCAAUGGUGCUGCUGAAUAAUCUCUUGUCUCUACCUUUUGGCAUCAUCUUGGUCAUCUUACUAGGCGAAUGGAGAUACGUAAUAAGCACGGAUGUGACAAAAGAUGCAAUGUUUUGGGUAGUGGCAACAGCAAGCGGCUUCCUUGGUCUAGCCAUCAGCUUCACUUCGAUGUGGUUCCUGCAUCAAACCGGACCGACAACAUAUAGUUUGGUGGGAUCAUUAAACAAGGUUCCGAUAUCACUAGCUGGUCUUGUACUCUUCAACGUCCCUCUCAGUCUCCCAAAUUUGUUCAGCAUACUUUUUGGUUUAUUUGCUGGGGUGGUCUUUGCCAGAGCUAAAAUGUCAUAAGAAGUAUUUUCCAAGCUGGAGUGUGAUUGAGGCUUAGACAAAUAAACGCAAACAACAAACUUGAGAGGGUUCUUCAUCUGCAGCUAAUAGUUUCAACUUGGAAUACAUUUUUUACUAUACAAUGUAGAAUGUAGUAAUAUAGAUAUGAGAUUUUU